AUGGCGGCCGCUUCUACGUCGUCUCAACUCUCGUCCUCGCUCAGCGGGCAGGGCUUUCACUUCACCCAUACAGCAAAUAUCACACUGCGCGACGCGGCGGAAACUGCGAACUGCACUCUACACGUCCUGCACGUCCUCCCUCCGGACGUGUACGCGGACCAGUAUGAACUCGUUCAGCGCCCCGGAUUCUCGUCUUCCUUACGGGGAACGUCUGAUCUGGAGCUGCCUGUAGGAGCCGUAGACUCGGAGGGCUCUGUCUUGCUGCUUGACGUCGAGUUGCCGGAGAGGAGGGAAGACGGGCUGGAGCUUGUUGUCGAUGUCCCUAUGCAUGCUAGGUACGGUAGCCCUACCUUCGGAGACGAACCCGGAUACUAUAUGAUCAAACCGGUUCCUCCAUUUGGUUUCUGGGCUUGUCCUUCGUCUAAACAGCCGGUCAUACUGGACGAAAUUGCACCCCAUAUACAGUCUGAGAUGUUCCCGAUGUCCUCACUGUCUAUCAUACCCGAUGCCCGAUCUGUGCCAUCUCCAGAGCUUGUCAUUCCAGUGGGCAACCUAGCAGAACUGGCUGUCGUUGACAUCGGCACCGCAGUCGUAAUGCUCUUCUGCUUCAUAUACCUUGCCAUCGUCUCUGUGAGGACCGCCCGUCGCCUAUACCCAACCCAGGACACGCUCAAAACGGAGUGA